CCACUUUCCCUUAACGCCUCCUUUCACCCCCACUCCUCCUACCCCACCCCACUUCCCACGCCAACCCCUUUUUCUUUCAUACGUCCUCUCUUUCAACACUUGUUGUUCAUGUUUUCCAAGAUUUGGCGCAAUAUCAUCAAUUAAUUUAAGGGUAUUUACUUAAAGUUUGAAUUUUUAAGGCAAAGGGAAGAAGAAGAAUACAGUGAACAUCGAGCCUGAGCGAAGUCCUGUGUAAUGAAUAGCUUGUUUCAUGCAUGCUUUGUUGCAAUAUUACAAGCACUACACGUCUUUCCUUGAAGAGUUCAAUUUGUGGAAUUCCGGUGCUUUCUUAGCAGAUGAGCUUUUGCUCAAGCUCGAAUUAGAAAGUUGUUUUUGACUUGUUUCUGAAUAGAAUUAGCAUCUAACAAGUGUAGAGGGGAUAGUUCUCUUUCACGGAAGAUUGAUCCUACUCCAAUAAUGAAGGAAGAGAGAGAUGGUUUCUUUGUAGUUAAGAAAGGAGAUCUUGUUGGAGUCUACAGAAACUUGGGUGAUUGCCAGACUCAAGUCGGAUCCUCGAUAUGUGAUCCUCCGGUUAGUGUGUAUAAAGGCUACUCCAUGCCAAAAGACACAGAGGAAUAUCUUCUAUCUUGUGGGCUUAAAAAUGCACUUUAUUCUAUCAGAGCUGCAGAUCUGACCGAAGGUCUCUUUGGGGCUCUAGCACCAUGCCCUUUUCAGACGCAAUCUUCUUCCAAAGGUGGAGCAUCUGAGCAUAUGCCGAAGAAGAGGUCACAGGAAGCAACAUGGUCAGAAUAUGGGGAUGCUGUUGGAUCAGCAGUUAUUCCAUAUGAUCCUGUAAGAAAGCAUAUCAAGUUAGAACCUCCUAAGGGUGACCAAGCUCUAUCAUCUGGUGUUUAUGGUGUUGGACUGAAAGAAGCUGAUCGUGGUUAUACUCAGCAACGAUCUUGUACUCUUGAAUUUGAUGGUAUUUCGAAAGGAAACCCGGGACAAGCUGGUGCAGGAGCUGUGGUACGAGCUGAUGAUGGAAGUCUGAUCUGUAGGCUACGUGAAGGUUUAGGAAUAGCAACAACCAGUGUUGCUGAAUAUCGAGGCUUUAUCUUGGGUUUGAAAUAUGCACAUAGCAAAGGGUUUACAAGUAUUCGUGCUCAGGGUGACUCCAAACUUGUUUGUAUGCAGAUCCAGGGUCUGUGGAAGGUUAAAAAUCAAAACAUCUCUACGCUAUAUCAGCAGGCAAAACAACUGAAGGAUAGGUUUCUUUCUUUCCGCAUCAUUCAUGUUCUUCGGGAAUCAAACUGUGAUGCAGAUCAACAGGCGAACCUGGCUGUUGAACUUCCUGAUGGUCAUGUUCAGGAGGAGAUAGAGAAAUGACAACGGGACAGUAGACAAUGGCUCUAAGUUGGUGCUGAUGAGGAUCUGGACGUUCUAACCACUGAGGUCUAGUUCUUCGCAGCAUCCCAUUUUGCCUGUAAUUCAGUGGAUAACACUUACAGUUUAACGUCCACUCUGGUUUGCAGUUAGGAAUUAUGUUAAGUUUUGCUCUGGAUAUUGGCUCAGAACUGGCACCAGUAACAGAUGUUACUGUUUGCUUUGGGUUCACUGAUGAGCACAAGAUGUUUACCUGAAACUCGAAGACCACCGAGGGAACUGAUUGUUGCGAAUCAUAUUGUCUUUUCUGUAGCAAAACAAUGGGGCAUCUUACCCCUCAUUCGACUCAAAUGUGUAUGACAUGACACGAAAGUUAAUUUAACUUGUAUUUGUAUUGCAAUAUGCGUGUAACAACAAAUUUCAUGCAAAUAGUGUACUUUCAACUGUGAACUGGAGGGCUUGACAGCUUGAUCUUGAAUUUAAAUUUCACUUGGGAUGUGAAGUUUAUUUAUUUGUCACAAA